AUGUCGCUUUACCACGAGACUGCCGAGAUUCUCCUCUCGGAAACCUCUUCCGGCGGAAGCCUCCGGACGCGGGUAUUCGGAAAGAAGGGGCUCAAGUCGCCACCUACGCAGGUGUAUGCUCUCGCGAUGGAGAGUGCGAGGUGGAGCGGGGUGUUGAAGGAGGUUGUUGAGGCGAGUGAGAUUUUGAAGUUUGAGAGGAAGCUCACGCCUAUACUUGCGCUGCUACUGGUACACGACUUCCUUCUCGCCAAGAACGGCAUAGCACUCCCCCAAUCUCACGGUCUACGCUCUACAAUUGAGCGACACAAGGGCCGCCUAACAUCAGAGUUCACGCGUGCAAGGAUACGGAGGAAACAACCCACGCUAGAAGCACUACGAGCAGCCAUCGCAGAGGAGACUCGGACCGAAGGCGAAGGGUAUCCCAGGUGGGUGCGGGUCAACGCCCUGAAAUCGGAUCUCGACACGCAGCUAGAGACAACCUUCUCGGCCUUCAAGAGAGUCUUCUCCAUCGCCGACGUGAUGGGGGUCGCGGCGGCGCCAGAGAAGAAAGUCAUCUACAUCGACGAACACGUACCGAAUCUCCUAGCCGUCUCCCCCGGCGUGGACCUAACGAAAUCGGAAGCCUACAAAUCGGGCGCCCUGAUCCUGCAGGACAAAGCCUCCUGUUUCCCCGCGUACCUGCUCGACCCCGACCCGGGCCACGGCGGAGACGUCAUCGACGCGUGCGCGGCACCGGGGAACAAGACGACGCAUCUGGCGGCCAUCCUGCAUUCGCGCGUAGCGGAGCACGAGAAGCUCACGAGGAAGGUGUACGCGUUCGAGAAGGACGCGAAUAGAGCGCAGACGUUGGCGAAGAUGGUAGAUAGGGCCGGUGGGAAGGGGAUUGUUCGGAUCGCGCUGGGACAGGAUUUUCUCAAGGUUGAUCCGCGGGAGGAGAGGUAUCGAGAUGUGGUGGGGCUGUUGCUGGAUCCUAGCUGUUCGGGAAGCGGGAUCGUGGGGAGGGAUUCUGUGCCGGAGCUGCAUUUGCCGGAACCGCCGCUGCCCCCUGGUGUGAAGAAGAAGAGCGCCAACGACAAUAAGGGCAAGAAGCGCAAGCGAGGACCGGAGUCGAGCGUGAAAGACGGCGGUCCCGUCCUUCUCGACGACGACGGGAACGCCGUGGCGGUGGGAUCGGAGCAGGAGCUCGCGGCACGCUUGCGGGCUCUCGCGACGUUCCAGCUGAAUCUGCUGCUCCACGCGUUGGAGUUCCCUGCGGCGCGGCGCGUGACGUACUCGACAUGUUCCGUCCACGCGGAGGAGAACGAGGAGGUGGUGCUGGCGGCGCUGAACUCGGAGGUCGCGAGGAGGAGAGGGUGGAGGGUUCUGAGGCGUGAGGAGCAGGUCUCGGGGAUGAGGGAGUGGCCGGUGAGGGGGGAGGUGGGGGCAGCCAGAGGGGAUGAGGUUGUUGCGGAGAGUUGUAUUCGGAGUUAUAAGGGGGAUGGGAGGGGGGUUAUGGGUUUUUUCGUGGCGGGAUUUGUGAGGGAGGGUGAUGAGCGACGGAAGGGGGAAGGAAGGGGGAAGGCGGACGAGGAGGAGGAGCCGUUUGUGAGGGAUGAGGAAGGGAUGAUUGUGAGGGAUGCGUUGGGGAUGCCGCUGUUGAAGGCUACAGGGGAGUUUAUGUCGGUUGUUCCUGAGGAGGAUGGGGAAGAUGGCCGGGAUGGGCAGGUCGAUGCGGAGGAGGAGGAGGAAGAUGUGAGUUCGGAUGACUCCGAGGAGGGGAGUGUGGGCGAGGACGAGGACGAGGAUGAAGACGAUGAGGAAUGGGGAGGGUUCGACGACUAG